CCAGCCGUCAAACCCAGCGCAAACCACAUCCGCUUUUGGACAGCCUUCAAAUCCCGGUCAAACUACCUCAGCUUUCGGUCAAGCAUCAACCCCAGGCCAAGCUGCAUCGCCGUUUGGUCAAGCAUCCAACCCAGGCCAAACAUCAUCAGCUUUUGGUGCCGCCUCUGCACUUGGUCAAAAGCCAUCACCAUUCGGUCAGCCUUCAGCUUUGGGUAGCGGUGGCAGUGCAUUUGGAAAACCCGCCUUUGGCACCUCUGGAUUUGGGCAACCAUCUAUGCCAGGUGCAGGAAGCGCAUUUGGACAAGCCAGUAGCUUGGGUGCAGGCUCUGCUUUCGGAAAGCCAUCAACACCAGGCGCAACAUCUGGGUUCGGGCAGACAAAUGCCCUAGGACAGAAACCAAAUCCCUUUAGUAAACCAGGCUUUGGACAAAGUGGAUUUGGUCAGGCUGCGCAACCCGGCGCUAAUACCUCUCCCUUUGCUCAAGCGGCACAAUCCGGUGCAUCACCGUUUGGCCAGGCAGCACAGUCUGGCGCGUCUCCUUUCGGGCAAGCAGCACCGUCGGGUCCCUCACCUUUUGGCCAACAAGCGCAGCAAGCAAGUCAACCGUCGCCAUUUGGUCAACAAGCUCAGCAGACAUCUCAGCCUUCGCCAUUUGGCCAACCAGCCCAGCCAUCACAGAAUCCAAGUCCGUUUGGACAAACCCAGCAAAAACCCGCACAGCCCAGUCCGUUUGCCAGUGCCGCUGCAUCCCAAACCCCAGCGUUUGGCCAGCCAAGCAAACCCUCGCCUUUUGGCACUCCGUCCACCCAACCUGCCGCAACACAAUCACAGCCAGCCAACCCCUUUUCCACAGCACAGAAUUCUACAGCCCCGGCUAGCACACCUUCACCCUUUGCCACCCAACCUACUGCUAAUAUGGCUACGCCCAGCCAGCCAGCACAACAGCAGGCCCCUACCACACAGCCCGCUUCAGCAGGGCGUCCACAUGUACCUGGCGUCACGCCCGAUGGCAAACCCAUCGAUGCCAAGGACCGCUACAAGGAAGGCAAGCCAGAAGAAUAUGAGGGUGAGCAAGGAAAGAUGCUGGAAGAAAUUUACAAGCGUGUUGCUCAGCUUGGUCGAUUCAACGAUGAUGAGGAUAUUCCGCUCACGCCGCCCAAGUGUGAAUGGAUUGCGCCCUUGACAUUGUAGAUGGUAAGAGUAAAGAUUUUCCUGUGUUUUCUUUCUAAAGGUCUUGCAGAUAGAGCGUUAUGAUUUCAGUGUAGCAUGGAAAAUUCAUCUGGAGAGCGGG